AUGAAGAAGAUGAGCAACAUUUAUGAGUCGGCUGCCAAUACGCUGGGAAUCUUUAACAGCCCCUGCCUGACCAAAGUUGAGCUGCGUGUGGCGUGCAAAGGCAUUUCCGACAGAGAUGCUCUUUCCAAACCAGACCCCUGUGUCAUCCUCAAGAUGCAAUCCCACGGGCAGUGGUUUGAGGUUGACAGAACAGAGGUGAUUCGCACCUGCAUAAACCCGGUGUAUUCAAAACUGUUCACUGUGGACUUUUACUUUGAAGAGGUGCAACGCCUGCGGUUUGAAGUUCAUGACAUCAGCAGCAACCAUAACGGGCUGAAGGAGGCCGACUUCCUGGGUGGCAUGGAGUGCACGCUUGGCCAGAUCGUUUCCCAGAGAAAACUGUCCAAAUCCUUGUUGAAGCAUGGGAACACAGCAGGGAAAUCCUCCAUCACGGUGAUUGCUGAAGAAUUAUCUGGCAAUGAUGACUAUGUUGAACUUGCAUUCAAUGCACGGAAAUUGGAUGACAAGGAUUUCUUCAGUAAAUCUGACCCAUUUCUGGAAAUUUUUCGUAUGAAUGAUGAUGCAACCCAGCAGCUUGUACACCGAACUGAGGUUGUGAUGAAUAACUUAAGCCCAGCCUGGAAAUCAUUCAAAGUAUCAGUCAAUUCUCUAUGCAGUGGAGAUCCAGACCGCCGGCUGAAGUGCAUAGUAUGGGACUGGGACUCCAAUGGCAAACAUGACUUCAUUGGAGAAUUCACCUCGACAUUCAAAGAGAUGAGAGGAGCAAUGGAAGGGAAACAGGUGCAGUGGGAGUGCAUCAACCCCAAGUACAAAGCCAAGAAGAAGAACUAUAAGAACUCAGGCAUUGUGAUUUUGAAUCAGUGCAAGAUCCACAAGAUGCAUUCUUUCUUGGACUACAUCAUGGGCGGCUGCCAAAUCCAGUUUACAGUAGCUAUAGAUUUCACUGCCUCAAAUGGGGACCCCAGGAACAGCUGUUCCCUGCACUACAUCCACCCUUACCAACCCAACGAGUACCUGAAAGCCUUGGUGGCUGUGGGUGAGAUUUGCCAAGACUAUGACAGUGACAAAAUGUUCCCGGCCUUUGGGUUCGGUGCCAGGAUACCCCCAGAGUACACGGUCUCUCACGACUUCGCAAUCAACUUUAAUGAAGACAACCCAGAAUGUGCAGGAAUUCAAGGAGUUGUGGAAGCCUAUCAGAGCUGCCUUCCCAAGCUCCAACUUUACGGUCCCACCAACAUCGCCCCCAUCAUUCAGAAGGUUGCCAAGUCAGCAUCAGAAGAGACUAACACCAAGGAGGCAUCGCAAUACUUCAUCCUGCUGAUCCUCACCGACGGCGUCAUCACAGACAUGGCCGACACCCGGGAGGCCAUCGUCCACGCCUCCCACCUCCCCAUGUCGGUCAUCAUCGUCGGGGUGGGCAACGCUGACUUCAGCGACAUGCAGAUGCUGGAUGGUGACGACGGCAUUCUGAGGUCACCCAAGGGAGAGCCUGUCCUUCGAGACAUCGUCCAGUUCGUGCCCUUCAGGAACUUCAAACACGCAUCUCCAGCUGCCCUGGCAAAGAGUGUGUUGGCCGAAGUCCCAAAUCAAGUCGUGGACUAUUACAAUGGCAAAGGGAUUAAGCCAAAAUGUUCAUCGGAAAUGUAUGAGUCUUCCAGAACACUAGCGCCGUGA